UCAGACAGAAAACCUCUGCUCCCCAAUGGACCCGGACGUGGAAACCCUCGCCGACGACGAUGUACUCGGCGGGGACGGCGGCGAGGCAGAAAGACUUGAGGCGGAGGCCGAACUUCUCCGCAACCGCCUCAGGCUAGCCGUCAUCAACAUCGCGACCACCGAAGGAAAGAAGGUCGGCAUGGAGAUCGCGGAUCCCGUCGUCGCUUGCAUCGCCGACUUGGCCUUUAAGAGCGCAGAGCAGCUGGCUAAGGAUGUGGAGCUGUUUGCCCAGCAUGCUGGUCGUAAAUCCAUUAGGAUGGGCGAUGUUAUCCUCACAGCGCACAGAAAUGAGCAUCUUAUGGGCCAGUUGCGGACAUUUUGUCAAGACCUGAAGGGAAAAGAUCCCUGCACCGGGAAGAAGAGAAAGAAAUCAUCCAAGAAGGAUGAUAACGUGACCGAAAUCUGAUCACAGAUACGCAUCAAAUCAUCUUCUUACCCCUAGCUGUGCAAGAAGGUUGGCUGAACUGUAACUCUGCGGCGCAAACUACCCACUAAUUCUGCACUUGCACGUAUUUGAAGAUUUUGUGCGUGGAAAAUGAUGUUCCCUGAUUUACCCGUCACAUUUGCCGCUGUGUACUGAACCUGUUGGCGUUAAGGCAUUGGCAUAUUCAGAAAUCUCUUAUCGCA